UACAGGUUUAGAAUCAGAACCAUAUUCAUGAGGAGUAAGUAUUUAGAAAAGGAAAAAAAAGAAACAGAAAGUAGGAUUUGAACCCAACCAAGAAAAUGGGUUGAUUACCAUUACCCCACAGCCAGCUAACCUACACAAAAACAUAACCAAAACCCAUAAUGGAACCACCCUCAAACACACAAAGCAAUAACAAACCAAAUUCCACCGCCGUUCCUCCGCCCAUCAACCACCACCACCACCCCCAUGGCAGCACCACCGCCCGAUCGGUCCCUUUCAUGUCUUCAAUCUCCGCGGCCGCCGCAGCUCUCGGCGCUAACAAUUCUACCGCCUCUACCUCAUCGGCCUCUAGCGUCUCAAUCUCAACAAGCGCCUCCACGACUUCCGCCGCCGCCGGUGCUCCGCCGCAGAAUCUCGUCGACGCUUCCCUAGCAAUUGCCACGGUACCGGAAUCCCAACAGCUCCAAAUACAUCCUCCGCCGCCGCCGCCGAAGAGAUCCACCAAGGACCGCCACACGAAAGUAGACGGCCGCGGCCGGCGCAUCCGAAUGCCGGCGGCCUGCGCGGCGCGUGUUUUCCAGCUGACUAGAGAACUGGGCCACAAGUCCGACGGCGAGACAAUCGAGUGGCUACUCCAACAAGCAGAGCCCGCCAUCAUAGCCUCCACCGGAACCGGUACGAUUCCGGCGAACUUCUCCACCCUAAACAUCUCCCUCCGUAGCAGCGGCUCGUCUCUGUCGGCGCCGCCGUCUAAGUCCGCUCCUCACUCUUUCCACAGCUCAUUAGCCCUUUCGGCUCACAAUUACGAGGAGGGCUACUCCCAUAUGCUAGGAUUUCACCAGCCUUCUCAAUUCUUACCGCCGACCCAGAUCGCCGGAGCACUCCCCGGAGGUGGAGAUACCGGCGGAGCCAGGGGACCGGACGCGACCGAGAAUUACUUAGGGAAAAGAUACAGGGAGAAGGAAGAAGGGCCGAGUAAUCGCCAAGGGGAAACUUCCGGCGGCCGGCGAGGCUCCGAUUCACCGGUGAACAAACAAUUCAAAGGAAGUCCGGCCUCCAGUACCCAAGAUUCUCCAUCCGGCGCGCCGUCCAGUGUACUCCGACACCCAAAUAUGAUGCCGUCCGCCGCCGCCAUGUGGGCGGUGGCUCAGGCGCCGCACAGCGUGUCCGGCGGUUUGUCGAUGCUUCCGGUGAGCGGCGGAGCGGAACAGGGGCAGAUGUGGGCAUUCCAUGCCGGGGCCGGAGGAGGGAAUGGCGGAUCCCUUCAAGCGCCGUUACAAUUCGUGUCGAGAUUCAGCAUCCCGACCGGCAAUCUUGAUUUUCCGGGGAACCGAGGAAGCCCAUUGCAGCUGGGGUCCUUGAUAAUGCCGCCGCCGCAGCCGUCGGGGCAAUUGGGAUUAGGAAUGCCGGAGGGGGGCAAUUUGGGAAUGUUGGCCGCUCUAAAUGCCUAUCAUCCAAGAGGCGCUCCGAAUAUGAAUUCCGAUCAUCAUCAUCAUCAGUCUCCAGAUCAUAGUGCACACGAUGACCAGAAUGCCACUCAUUAAUCAUAUUUGAUGUAUAAUUGAAGCGUGAUUAAUUAGAAGAAAUGGUACAUGUGGUUUGUCAUCAAAUGAGGAUUUGCAUGCAGAUCAUGUUGAGAUUGGCGUGUGAUGGUGUGGAGAGACUGAAAUGUAUUUUGGGCGCGCUGAAAAUCCCAGGCAAUCUAGAGGCAUAUAGUAGCCUUUUUUGAAAUGUAUGUCAAGGCAAAAAGCCCGACCCAAUCCCAUGCAGAUAUAUUUGAGGACCAGAUAUUGAGAGGCCAGUUGUGCACUUUCUGCCCACACCGGAAUUGUAACCAAAUUUGUUUUUGUUUAUCAUCCGCCUGCCGUUCCUUAAGACUGUCAAAUA